AUGGCGGGGGAGAGAGCCCUGCUGCAGGGGCGGCAGUAUAUGCAGCACCUGACGGCGGCCGACCUUGACGGCAUGUGGAACGGCACGUUCAUCGACCCCAGCGCCAACACCGUGGGCCACGCCUGCCUGUCGGUGCCGUGCCGAAACCAAUUCGAGAAGGGCAUGUUCAAGAUGAGCAUCAUCGACGGUGGCACCAAGGUGGACUGGGUCGAUGUUGAGAUUGGCGGCAAUCCCAAAAACCCUGACGCCUGCGAGGCCGACGGUUUGCACAACAUAACGCGGCCGUCAGGCAUCGAGAUGGUGCGUGGGUCGAUCCAGAGCUACGAGGACAUGCGGCUGUUGGUGUCCGUGUCGCCCAGGGAGUUCCUGCACAACACUAUUUCUCGGGAGGGCCUCAUCGUGGUGGACCCGUUCAUCUGGUGCAUGAAACUCAAGGUGUUCGUGUCAAAGGGCAAGGUGAAGGCCAUGCUGCACCUCUUUGAAGAUGACUAUAUUGGCACCCGGGAUGGCUGGAUCGAGGCGAAGAAGAAUGCUGAGAAUUUCAAGUGCCACGAUGUAGACCUGAAUCCCAAGACCUGUACUUAUGAUUUCAUCGACGAGCGAAAUGUCACAGUCCAGCGAUCAGAGAUCGUGAAUCUGGAAUGCGUAUCAGGUGCUUGCCUAAACAUUGCCAACAGCAGAUAG